UGUCGGCUUUAGGCCCGCUUUACUCCACCAUACACAAUAUAUACAACCAGUCAAUAUAUAUUCUCAGCCCUGAACACAGGAACAAUAUGAGAUUUAUCUGUGCACUAGCUUUUCUUAUCGCUGCUGUCGCUGGAGACGGUACAGGUGGUCACCAUGACCACGGACACGGUCAUGAUGCCGGGCACGGGCAUGACCACGGUGCAGCUGCUCCUGUUGUAUCAGCUGCUGCUGCCCCUGCUGGAGAUGAAUACGGAUCCCCCCAGGCCCCUGUAGUAGCUGAUGAAUAUGGAUCCCCCGCUGCUCCUGUUCAGAACAACUAUGCUGCUCCUGCUGCUCAGACCUAUGCUGCUCCUGCUCAAGCUGCUCCUGGAGGUAGCUCGGGGUACUACUAUUACUACUACCCCGUCAAACAGAACAAUCCCCAGUCCUACGCUGCUCCUGCCAAUGAUGACGGUGGUCUCUUGGGCAUCGGCGGUGGAAUUGCUGCAAUUAUCGCUGCUCUCGCCAAGAAAAAGAUUAUUCUCAUCGCUAUCGCUAUUGCUGGAGCACUUGUUCUCGCAGCAGUAGGAAUCAACCUAACCUUCCCCACUGGACGAUCUCUGUCCGAUCUGUCCUCCAGCAUUUCUCCUUACCUCACUGAAGCUAAUCUCUCCGUUCUUCAAGAUUUCCUGGAAACCGCAAUUGCAAACGUUGAGAAUCUAUAAGUGCUGAAAUCAAACAUCAACCAUUGACAAUCAAAAUUGAUAGUGCCAUCCAUUGGAUAUGAGAGUUAAUGUGCUCUAUCCCUUUGGAAUUCCGCCCUUGAAAGUGGAAUCCUGAAUUAUCGUUGAAAGUGAAAUCUGAAACCUCGGAGCGGGAAACCAAGAUGGCCGUUUCCCACGUGUUCAGAAUGGAUCAGAAUUACGGCUAGCUCCGGGUGGAUUUGUCAGGUUUCAGUUUCGCAGAUUUUUUAGAUUCCACGUUCUCCUUUUGAGCUAAGGACUGCGAUGCUCAUCAGCCUUGCUCCUUGGCUCCUUAUUUAAACCUUUAGUUCUUCCUAUUUACCACUAUCUAUAAAUACCUCUAGUUUUUAAUUCAAAUAUUUCUUUCAAAAUAUUCAAAAAUCUUCCGUCAGCAAAUACUUUAAAACCAGCUUUCCACAG